CACAUCCACGCUUCCUCUCCUCAAAUAUCAUCAAUUAAGGAGACCCACGGAAAGUCUGACUCAUCUCAUCAAAACAACUCCGUUGCUAUCAAACACCAACACAGAUACUGAAGACGAACCGCCCCAAUGCUCAGCACGCUCUCCCGGCGCGCCGCCACCAGCGCCCUCCGAAUCCGCCCCCUCACACCCCAGAAUGCUCGCCAUCCCUUCUCAACAACACGCAUCUCCUCCCGACCGCGCCUGGCGGCCACGACGACGACGACGACCCCCCUCACCCUGCAAUCCACAAGCCUCGCCACCCAACCAGCUCGGCGCACACUCACCACGGCCCAAAAAUGGAAGCUGGGGUUCCGCAAAGCCCGCAAGGACAUCUGGCGCAAGAACCCGAUCGUACUCCCCUUGGCCCUGCUCUCCGUCUUCAGCGCCACCUGCCUGUUCGCCUACAUCGCCUACGUCGAGGUGACGCAGGUCGCGCCGCAGUACAGCAAGUUCCCGCCGCCGAUGGCGGAGCGGCUGCGCACGGCGGUCUACUACACGGACGUGGACCUGCAACCGCAGAAGGCGAUGGCGGCGUACAAGGACGCGAUCCACAUCGGACUCGAGAUGGGGCUGCACCAGUACUCGGACGAGAUCCUGGGGGUCCACCUGCAGGUGUCGCAUAUGCUGGAGAAGGCCGGGUUGGUCUCGGCGGCGGUGAAGGUGCUGGAGCAGACGCGGGCCGGGGCGCUGGCCUGGGUGUAUCGGACGCGGCGGACACGGUCGCUCCCGCAGAAGCCGACGAUGGCUACGCCCGUGGAUCCCAACGACGCCAGCAAGGAGGCAGUGGAGAAGCGGAUCCGCCAGGCGACGGGCGAGGACGUCGGUGAGAAGGAUGCUGUGAAACGGGACGACGAGCAACCCGGCGCAAGUACCCCGGAUCCAGCCAAGGAGGCCGAGUUCCAGGCGUGGGAGGACCGCCAGCAGAGCAAGGUGCUCAAGAAGUGCGUCGGUAUGUCGAUGAAGCUGGCCGAGCUAUACGAGAGCGACUACAUGCAGGAUUUGGAGAAGGCGGAGGAGAACCAGCGGCAAGCCGUGGAGCUCUGCCUGACCGAGAUGAACCGUCGGGUGGCCCUGGGCCUCCCCGUGGGGAACCAAACAAAGGCAACACCAACAACAACAAACGCCGAGGCUAACGACGAGGACGAUGGCUGGAUGAACCUCGAGGAGAUCGCCAUCGCCCUCAAGGACCUGGCCAACCUGUACUUCACCCAGGGCAAGUACGACCUCUGCCUGCCGCUGUUCAUCCGGGCCAGCGACGUGAUGAAGGCCGCGGAGGGCGACACCCCGACGUGCAAGCAGCCGUUCCUGAUGGCCUCGAUCGGCGCCACCAUGGGCGAGAUCGCCGCGGCCCCCAAGCCGACCGCCGGGAUGCGGGCCCCGCGCGAGCAGGUGAUCGCGCAGGCCCGCCAGUGGCUCGACCAGGCCCGCGCCGUCGCGGGCAAGAUCGACCCCCAGGGCCAGGAGGCGGAAUGCAACGAGGCCUGUGUGGCCGCGCUGCAGAGUCUGGGCGAGCUGGCGCGGCUGGAGAAGAAGCCGGCCGUCGCCAGGGAGCACUACAAAAACGCACUGAGCAUCGCGCAGCGCCUGGACGAGCCCGGCCUGCUGGAGGGGGUCAAGGCAGCGCUGAAGGAGAUCCAGACGCAGUGAAUGCCAUAGCUAGGCCAUCCAUGUACUGUACCUGUGGCCUUGCAUACGCAUCUCGC